CUUCGCUUGUAGUUCCGGUUCAAAUCAGUAUGUAAAGAGAUGUCGUGUAUGUUCGCGAAUAGUUACUUGUUAUGUUUAACCAUUUGUAUUGUGUAGAAUCAAUGAUUGUUCAAUUAUUAUAAUCAUUCUUAGUGUUUUUAGUAAUUCGGCUACGUCGAAUUAUGCAGUUUUAUAAGGAAAAACUUCUAUCGCCUGGGCAAUUGAAACGUCUUAGUGAACACAAAUAUAGUUGUACGACAAGCAGUCUUUUGGAUGGAUUUCUUCAACCCUGGUGGGAUUGGCUUGUUAGCAAAGUACCUCUUUGGCUUGCACCCAAUUUAAUCACUAUCGUAGGUCUAAUCGUCAACAUUGCAACUACUUUGGUUCUUGUAUAUUACAGCCCUGAUGCUAAAACUGAGGCACCUAGAUGGGCAUGUUUUUUAUGUGCACUUGGUUUAUUUAUUUAUCAAAGUUUGGAUGCCAUAGAUGGCAAGCAAGCUAGAAGAACAGGAACUUCAACACCAUUAGGUGAACUAUUUGAUCAUGGAUGUGAUUCCAUAUCAACUGUUUUUAUUGCUUUAUCAGCAUGUAUAGCAGUGCAAUUAGGAUAUUAUCCAGCAUGGAUGUUUUUUCAAUGCUUUUGUGCUAUGACACUUUUUUAUUGUGCUCAUUGGCAAACAUAUGUUUCAGGUUCUUUAAGAUUUGGCAAAAUAGAUGUUACAGAAGCACAAUUUACCAUUAUAAUAAUUCAUCUCAUUUCUGCAAUUUUUGGACCCAAAAUAUGGAUGAUGGAGAUACCAUACAUAGAUGGUUUUAUGUUUAAGUAUUUAAUAGGAGUUAUGACAGUAAUUUGUGCAGUGGCAAACUUAUAUUCCAUCUUUUCGGUGAUUUUCACCGGAGGAGUGGGCAAGAAUGGUUCAACUGUGGCUAUACCAGUGCUUGGUCUAGGCACAAUCAGUAACUACGUAGCAGUGUUAUUUUAUGCAGGCUACAUUCAUGUAUUCCUUGAAUUCUGUAAAGUCUUUGAAUCUGGUGGGAUUGGAAAGAAUGGUUCCACGAUUGCAUUGCCAUAUACUGGCACAGAGGUCAAGGUGUUUCCAUUAUGGGCUGCUGUGGGCAUCGCUAUUUUACUUGCACAAAGCAGCAUUUCCGUCAUUCUUGCCGGUGGUGUCGGAAAAAAUGGCUCCACCGUCGCAGGAACAUCAGUUUUAUCUCCAAUUAUUCCAUUUAGUUUUGUGGUAGUACCAGCUUUUAUAAUUUAUAGAAAAAGUGCUGAACAUGUGUAUGAAAAUCAUCCUGCAUUGUACAUACUUGCAUUUGGAAUGGUUGCAGCUAAAGUUACCAAUCGAUUAGUGGUUGCACAUAUGACAAAAAAUGAAAUGGAAUAUUUAGAUAGUUCACUAAUUGGACCAGCAAUGCUAUUCUUGAAUCAAUAUUUCAAUUUCUUUAUCAAAGAAUAUUAUGUUCUAUGGUUAUGUUUUAUUUGGGUUACUUUAGAUUUGCUCCGAUAUAGUUCUCAAAUUUGUCUUGAAAUUUGUGAUUAUAUGAAGAUCAAACUAUUUAGGAUACCAUUAGGAGAUCAUCGAAUGAGCCUGGUUUCUAAUACAGCUGAGAAAAAUGUUCGAACGAUGGUGGAACGAGAGCCUCUAUUAGACGAGGAUUAUCAUCAUGGAUCUGAUACUACUCUCGAUAUAUGACGAUUGAAAAAAUAUUCGUUAGCGUAAAUAAGUUAUACCGCAGAACAGGAUUACGCAAAACUCUUUUUGUAACUCUUACGAUUCUUUUUUCUCAAUCAAAAAACAAGUAUAAUAUUAUCCAUGAAUAUGAAGAUCGUAAUAGAGAUAUAUCAUUAAAAUAAGAAAAAUGUAUAAUUUUUGUGGUUUAAUUUUUUGUAAAGAUAUUCAAUUCGAUUAGAGGAAAGAUCAUAAACGACAUAUAUAAAUGAAAAAAUUUAUUUGUAUAAUAGCGAAAUAGAGAAAGAUGUUUAAAAGAGAGUUUUGUGUCGCCUUUUUUGGCAGCGUAGAAAAAAAUUAAAAAAAAACAAUUUUAAUUCUAUCGAUAAGUAUAUUUUGCGUUAUACGAGACUGGUCAAUUGAAAUAUUUUCGACAAAAUAAGAUAAUAAUAAAUAAGUAGCCGUAACAAUUCCAUAAA